UACUAUACAUCUCUUUCGCCUCCGUAAUAGAUUUUGUUCCUGCCUGCCUGCCUGCCACUGCACCCACUGUCUUCCUGCUGUCCUUCUUAGACUUGCAUGGUGGCCAUCUGAAUCGGAUCUUGUACGAUAACCGUCAUAGACAGAGCUGGCUGUGCUGGCCGUGCCCAUGAUGUGGCUACCUCUCACCGCCAUCACGCUGCUCGCCACGGCCGCCGUGUCCGCGGCCACCGUCCAGGACCAGACGCCGCUCGGCCUAAACACUACAGAGCAGCAGCAGAGGACCCCCGAGGACGGUGUGCAGCGAAAACUACACGGGAGAUUCUUACAUAUCACCGAUAUCCACCCCGACCUCAACUACAGAAAAGGAUCUAGUCCCGAGUUCAAGUGCCACCAUGCGAAGGGAUCAGCCGGUAAAUGGGGAACUCCUAUGUCCUCUUGCGAUACGCCUUGGACACUGGUGAACGAGACGUUCAAAUGGAUCGACGAGAACCUAAAAGAUCAAAUCGAUUUCGUCAUCUGGACCGGAGACUCGGCGAGACACGACAACGACAUCAGGAUCCCUCGUACCUCGGCGGAAAUCUAUGACCUCAACGAGAGGACCGUCAACAAGAUGAUCGACGUUUUCGGAACCAGUCCCGACGCCGAGUACCCGCUUACGGUCCCGAUCGUGCCCACACUCGGGAAUAACGACAUCUACCCGCACAACAUCAUGCAGGCCGGCCCGAGUGAGCUCACCAAGGAAUACGUGGAACUGUGGAAACCGUUCAUCCCCGAGGACCAGUACCACAUCUUUCACAAGGGUGCAUACUUUUGGCAGCAGGUUAUCGCCGGGUCAAACGGCAAGAUGGGGCCCAGCAGUGAAGGCGGUCUGGUGGUCUUCUCGCUCAAUACCUUGUACUUUUACAAUUCCAACACCGCUGUGGACGGUUGCGACACGCCCUCGGAGCCCGGGUACGACCAGAUGGAAUGGUUGAAUGUGCAGCUCGACUACAUGAGGCAACGGGGGAUGAAGGCCAUCAUUAUUGGCCAUGUGCCGCCCGCCUGGACCGAUGCCAAGAUGAACUGGGACGAAUCUUGCUGGAGGAAGUACGUUCUUUGGUCCCGGCAAUAUCGAGAUGUCAUCGUCGCCCACUUGUACGGCCACAUGAAUCUCGACCACUUUAUGUUACUCGACAGCGAUACCCUGAAGCCGCCACACCUCGGACAUGGGAAGGGGAAGGGGAAAGGGAAAGGGGGCGGAAACGGGAAAGGGAAGAGCCGGAAAUCGAGCGCUUCAGCAGCCGAUGUCUGUCCGGCGGUCAGAGAAUUCAAUCCCGAAGACGACCCGAACCUUUCAAUAUCGUCCGCCGAAACCUACCUCAACUCGCUGCGCGAAGCAUUUGCGGAGAUGGUAUCGACGAAAGAGAUGAACGCGGCAGGAGCGGGCAGCAACAAACAUCUCGGCGGAAAGUGGGGAGAGCGAUAUGUCAUGACGCUUGUCAGCCCGUCCAUCGUACCCAACUACUUCCCUACGUUGCGCGUCGUCGAAUACAACAUCACCGGCUUGGUGGAUGGCCAGGGUAUCCGCAAGGUGGAUGAGUCGAAGUCGUCGGGCAAUGGCCACAAGAUGCGCCCUUGGAGGAAGGACAAGAAACCGGACCCUCCAGCCCGCACCGCGCCGCCCGGACCCGCGUAUUCGAUGCAGCCAUACACGCUCAUUGGAUACACGCAGUAUUUCCUUAACCUCACCAAAUAUAACCGCGCCCCCCAGCCCCCGCCGGCGGAGAAAGAACCGAGCGGUCUCGGGUCUUCGACCGAACUCAGAAAGCGCGAUGAUGGUGCCGAAGAGCAGCGGAAGGGAGGAAAGGCCACCCUCAAGUUUGAGGUGGAAUAUGACACCAGAACGGAUAAGAUCUACAAACUCAAGGACCUGACCGUCCGCAGCUACAUCAAGCUCGCCCGCAAGAUCGUCGAUGCUUCCAAGAAGAAGUCGAAGAAGGGGAAGUCGCUUGUCUCGGAGGAGGAGGAGGCGGAAGAUGAGUCGGACCACUCGGAUGACGGCGAUAGCUCUGAUGACGAUGCCAGUGCCGAAGAUGACCAGGCAGACGCAAACAAGAACAAGAAGCACAAGAACAAGCACAAGAAGAAGAAGCAUGGCAGAGCCGCUAAGGACAAGGUGUGGCAUGCGUUCGUCAAGCGCGCGUUCGUUGGCACCAUCGAGGACCAGGAAUUGGAGAAGUAUGGUGUCCAGAGAGCGGAGCGUGACGAGGCGUGUUAGUUUCCGUUGGGGUAUUUUUUUCCUUCUUUCUUGCUCUUUCUUGCUCGUUUUUUCAUGGGCUUCAUGGGGGCUUCAUAGGGGUUCGUAUCUGCUUGUCUUGUCUUGUACUAUGGCGCAUGGGAGUUACUCUAGCGGGAU